UCUCCUCUCCAGAUGAUGUGCAAAAUUCCCAUUUUCAUCGUCCUCUUCUCCAUCCCCGAACCUUCAACUUUUCCCCUAAAUAACCUCCCAUACGUUCCAAAGUUUUUGGCGUUCCAAAUUUCUCUCUUUAUUGUCAGAUUUUUCUAGAAUAUUUUUUUGCCAUAAGAAGAUGACAUUUCCAGCUAAUAUUCUUGGUUUUUCCACCCCUUUCACCUGAAAUCUUUAUAUUGAUUCGUGUUGUAAGAGAUCUGAGAUUUUUGGGUUUUGAAAGCUUGAAAACUCUCUAUUUAUCUUCUUGAUUCUUGUGUGGUUUUGUCAUAAAGAUUGGAUUUAGAUCUUGUAAAUCGCUGUUAUUCUUGAAAUUCAGAAGCUCAAUUGGCCGAUAGAUCCAAAAGGUGGGGAAAGUUUAAGAACUGAAGGUUUAGUUGAGGGAACUGAAGCUUUGAUAAAAAGACAGAUUUUGAUAGAUAUUUGUCUGUAUUUGGCUCAAAUCUUGAGAUCCAUUGUUUGUAAAGGGUUGAAGUUAAUAGCGUUAUGGGGAAUUGCUGUGCUGUACCAAAAACGUCCGACGAGGUAAAAAAGGGGAAGCAUAAGCCGAACCCCUUUGCUAUUGACUAUGCUGGUAAUCAAGCAAUACCUAAUGGGGGAUUCAAAUCCUAUGUGUUAAGCAAUCCAACAGGCCAUAAUAUUGAGCAGUUCUAUGAGCUCGGUCGUGAACUAGGUCGUGGUGAAUUUGGGGUUACAUAUUUAUGUACGGACAAAUCUAGUAGGGAAGUUUUUGCUUGUAAAUCGAUGUCCAAGAAGAAAUUAAGAACGAGAGUGGAUAUCGAGGAUGUAAGGAGAGAGGUCGAGAUCAUGAAAAAAUUGCCUAAGCAUCCCAAUAUUGUAAGUUUGAAGGAUACUUAUGAGGAUGAUAAUGCAGUCCACAUAGUGAUGGAGUUGUGUGAGGGUGGUGAAUUGUUUGAUAGGAUUGUUGCUAGAGGACAUUAUACUGAGAGAGCUGCAGCUGCUGUUACUCGCACAAUUGUUGAAGUUAUUGAGAUGUGUCAUAAGCAUGGGGUCAUGCAUCGUGAUCUUAAGCCUGAAAACUUUUUGUUUGCAAAUAAGAAGGAAACAUCUCCACUAAAGGCUAUUGAUUUUGGGCUAUCAGUUUUCUUCAAGCCUGGUAAAGCCUUUUCUUCUUCAUUUUUUUCUCUCUAUGCGUUCUUCUUCUUCCUUUUUUUUUUUAUACACAAGUUCAGUGGUAGUUUUGUUAUUUACGUUAUAUUACAACUAUACUACACACGUGCUUACCUAUCAAAGAGGAAAAAGGAAAAAAGGUGCAUAAUUGAUUUGGAGGUUAUUCCAAGAUAUGAGAUAGAAAAUAGCGCGAAACUUUCCAUGGCCAAAGACUCUCAUGCCUUUUCUUGCUCGGACCAACCCAAAAGACCCUAUUUAACGAGUCUUUCUUCAUUUUUAGAGCAAGAAGCGGAACUACAAGAAAACGCUCUUUAUCUUUAUGGAUGA